AGUAGCUUGCUCUGCUUCACUAAUGUGUAUACUGCCCUUACCAGGCCACGCCAACCCGUUUCUCACUGUGGUGUCUCCUUGCUUGCAUUCCCCCCCCCCCGCCCUCACUGUGCAGAAUCGACCCAUCCUACUUCUGCUCGGCCGUUACCGUCAUUGUCGUCGUCGUCGUCGUUACCGUCCCCACUCGUGUCUUCUUGCGUCUCGCCCCUCGUUCGUCGUGCCACCACGCCCUCGUCGCCUUCAUCUGCAACUCGUGUUUCCUCCUCCUCCUCCUCCUCCACCGUGGACGAGGCUGGCGACACCAUCGCGGGUGUGGGCAUGCCGCUGUAUCGUUUGCUGCCACCGGCGUCUUCGUUUCUCCUUUUCUCGUCACCUGCACCCCUGCAAGACCAGCCACACAGGCCACGGCAUGCGUUGUCGGUGCACUCUUCCGCUACCACCACCACCUCCUCCUCCUCCUCCUCCUCCUCCUCCUCGUCUGCAGCAGCUUGCCCAGCACCGCUUCCCUCGUCUCUGCCGACACCGUCAACAUCGACGCUGCCACUUGCCCGUUCAUCGCUGUCCCCGUUCCGACUGCAGUGUCGCGCCAAGUCCACGCUUACACACGUGGACGAGGGCGGCCGUGCUCGCAUGGUGGAUGUUGGGAUGAAACAUCCGCAACGCAGGACCGCGAUUGCGUCAUCCCGUGUCCGUGUAUCGCAGGGCGUGGCAGACGUGUUGCUGUCCUCCGACGGUGCAGUUGCCAAGGGCAACGUGUUGCAAAUCGCACACUUUGCCGGCAUCUGUGGCGCCAAGCACACGGCCACGCUCAUCCCGCUCUGCCACAACAUUCCCAUCGACGCAGUCGACAUGCGUGUUGUGCUGUCGGAAUCUGGCCGUGAGGUCGUCGUGCUCGCACGCGCACGCACGACAGGUGUGACGGGCGUGGAGAUGGAGGCCAUGACCGCUGUGAGCGUUGCUGCGCUCACCGUGUACGACAUGGUGAAGGCCAUUGACAAGAGCGUGUGCAUUGCAGAGACACGCCUGCUUCUCAAGAGUGGCGGGAAAUCGGGUCUGUUCAUCGCCUGUGACAGCAGCAGUUAUGAUGAUGAUGAUGAUGAUGGUGGUGGUGGUGGUGGUGGUGGUGGUGGUGCACGUGACAAGUUUCGAUUCCUUCCAGCUGAGGCGCGAGGUGUUGGUGGUGCACGCGACUCCCAGCUGUCCUCACAUCUCCAUCCCAUGAUUUAA